AUGACUGUCGAAGUUCAACAAAAUGGCGUCCACGGCGGCCACGGCUCUGCAAUGCCUAUAGUCCACAAGCUGGCAAAGGACCAUGACUUGGUAUUGAAGACCUUUCGGCUGUUGAUUGCAGACCUGUGUCAGCAGUUUAAUGGCGGACACCCCGGUGGUGCUAUUGGUAUGGCUGCGAUCGGAGUUGCGCUAUGGAAAUAUGUUAUGCAUUAUGCACCGCACACCCCAGGAUUCUUCAACCGAGAUCGCUUCGUCCUAUCAAAUGGCCACACUUGCCUCUUCCAAUACUCUUUCCUACAUCUCACAGGCUACAAGGCCAUGACGUUUGAACAGCUCAAAUCAUAUCACUCAGAUCGCGUCGAUGCGCUAUGCCCCGGACAUCCGGAGAUUGAACACGAAGGAAUUGAAGUGACAACCGGACCAUUGGGUCAGGGUCUUGCGAACGCUGUAGGCCUGGCCAUGGCGACGAAGAAUCUGGCUGCCACCUACAAUCGCCCCGGCUUUGAUGUGGUAAGCAACCAUACUUGGUGUAUGAUUGGCGAUGCUUGCCUGCAGGAGGGUGUUGGUCUCGAGGCAAUUUCGCUGGCGGGACAUUUCCGUUUAAACAACCUCACUGUCAUCUACGACAAUAACCAGAUUACCUGUGAUGGAUCCGUUGACCUCACCAACACUGAGGACGUGAAUACAAAGAUGCGCGCGUGCGGCUGGGAUGUGAUUGAUGUGGCAGACGGCUGCUUUGAUAUUGAGGGCAUUGUCCGUGCAUUGGAGCACGCUCGCUCAUCGAAGCACAAGCCCACGUUCAUUAACAUCAAGACGGUCAUCGGGCUGGACAGCAGUGUUGCUGGAACCGCUGUCGCCCAUGGAGCUGCUUUUGGCGCCGAGAGUAUCUGUGAUAUGAAGACUGACUACGGUUUCAACCCGGAGGAGCACUUCAUCAUUGGUGAAUCUGUGCGCCAGUUCUUCAAGGAAAUUCCUGCGCGCGGAGAGCAGUGGGUCCAGGAAUGGGAUCAGCUAGUAAGCAGCUACGCUGUCCAACACCCUAUUCUAGCGGCUGAGUUCAUGGCUCGCGUGCGUGGCGAACUCCCAGCAAACUGGCAGGAGCGUAUCCCAACCACCUUCCCUGAUAAACCCACUGCCACCCGUGCGGCGUCUGGGUUAGUAUUCAACCCAAUUGCCGAAGAGGUCAACUCUUUCAUGGUUGGUACCGCGGAUCUCUCACCAUCCGUGAACAUGAUCUGGCCUGGCAAAGUCGACUUCCAGCACCCCAAUCUCCGCACAACCUGUGGCAUCAAUGGCACUUACGCUGGCCGCUAUAUUCACUAUGGUGUCCGUGAGCAUGCCAUGGCUGCCAUCUCCAACGGCCUGGCAGCUUACUCCCCAAACACCAUCAUUCCGGUCACGUCGACAUUCUUCAUGUUUUAUCUGUAUGCUGCACCUGCAGUCCGAAUGGGUGCGUUGCAGCACCUCCAAAUCAUCCACGUCGCCACCCAUGACUCCAUUGGUAUGGGCGAGGACGGACCGACCCAUCAGCCUAUUGAGUUAGCCAACCUAUAUCGCGCGAUGCCAAACAUCUUGUACAUCCGUCCUGGUGAUAGCGAGGAGACAGCCGGUGCAUGGAUUGCUGCUAUCGGUGCCAAGCAGACACCAAGUAUCAUCUCUACCUCUCGUCAAACUUUGCCCCAGAUCCCGCAGACACGUCGUGAUGGCGUAGCCCUCGGCGCAUACGUCCUGUCGGAAGUCGAGUCGGCAACUCUCACUUUGAUCGGCGUUGGGGCCGAACUUACGUUCGCAGUGGAGAUUGCUGAGCAACUGAAGGUGCAGAAGGGUAUUACCGCGCGCGUUGUCAGCUUCCCUUGCCAGCGCCUAUUUGAGAAACAGUCGCUCGAGUACAAGCGCAACACGCUACAGCGACACCGGGGCAUACCAGCUGUGGUGAUUGAGCCCUACGCGCCAAAUGGGUGGGAACGGUACGCAGAUGCGGGCAUCUGCAUGACUCGCUUUGGUCAUAGUCUGCCUGGUAAGGCGGCAUACAAAUUCUUCGGGUAUGAUAUUGAUACUAUGACAACAAAGGUGGCCAGGUACCUGAAACGAAUUGAGGAAGAUGAGCUGCUUCGCGGCGAAUUUGUCGACCUGUGA